CCGCGCCAGCGCAGCCGGCUCUACCGCGGCGGCGUUCCGGCCGACGCUCGGGACCCUGCAGGCGGUGUCGCAGAUUUCUGCCCGGCAGAUUAGCCAAAGGCGAGAGGGACCGAUCUAUCUACGUUCUGAGCGCCACCCUCUACAAGACCCUCUUAACAGAGCCGAGGCCCAAGUUCACUGUGCUCGCAUUCCCCCACCCCAGACAUUACUCUGGGGUCUGCCUGAGGCCAUCGAUGUGAAGAUGACCAGUGCCUUCCGAGCAUGACGACCUUGGACCAUGUGAUCGCCACCCACCAGUCAGAGUGGGUCUCCUUCAAUGAGGAGCCACUCUUUCCUGUCCCUUCUGAGGGGGGCACGGAAGAGCACGUCCCAGCACUGUCGUCUUACUCAGACCAGUCUGAGAGCUCCUCUGGGGAGAACCAUGUGGUGGAUGGAGGCUGUCAAGAUCUUUCCCACUCAGAGCAGGAUGACUCCUCUGAAAAGCUGGGUCUCAUCUCUGAAGCGACCUCCCCUCCUGGGAUCCCCAAGCAGCCCUCACCUGACCUGGCCUCGGCUAUCAGCAACUGGGUUCAGUUUGAAGAUGACACCCCCUGGGCCAGCACAUCACCACCUCAGAAGGAAACAGCCCUGCCACUGACCAUGCCCUGCUGGACGUGCCCUUCCUUCGACUCCCUGAGGAGAUGCCCUCUGACCUCCGAGAGCAGCUGGACCACACAUUCUGAAGACACCAGUAGCCCCAGUUUUGAUCCCUCAUACACAGACCUGCAGCUCCUCAGUGCCGAGGAGCAGAUGAGUGGCAAGGCUUCUCAGGCUGGCUCAACUGACGAGAGGACGGAGUGGCAGACAGGCAGGCAGACGGCUGUGAGUCCUGUUCAAGCAUGCACGGAGCAUACCUCUACCUGCACCCAGGGCCUGGACCCCUCGCCACCCCUACCCCACCCCAGGAGGAGCCAGAGCCCCUGCGAGGGACCGGAAGGGGACUCUGUUCCCAAUGACAGUUCUUCCUCAGUCCAGGAAGAUGAAGAGGUAGAGAUGGAGGCCAUCAGCUGGCAGGCCAGUAGUCUAGCCAUGAAUGGACAUCCUGCCUCUCCAGUAACCUCUGCUCGUUUCCCCAGCUGGGUCACUUUUGAUGACAAUGAGGUCAGCUGCCCUUUGCCACCAGUCACCUCUCCCCUGAAGCCAAACCCACCACCUAUUGCAUCUGUGACCCCAGAUGCACCUCAUCACUCAGCUGGGUCAUUUAAGAAGAGGGAACGUCCCAAGAGCACUUUGAUGAACUUUUCCAAAGUUCAGAAACUGGACAUUUCAUCCUUAAACCAUCCGCCUCCCGUAACGGAGGCUCCACCUUGGAGGGCAACCAAUCCUUUCCUGAAUGAGACUCUGCAGGAUGUCCAACCCUCCCCUAUCAACCCUUUCACUGCUUUCUUUGAGGAGCAGGAGAGGCGCUCCCAAAACAAUUCCGUUUCCAGUGCCACAGGCAAGAGCCAAAGGGAUUCUCUCAUUGCCGUCUACCAGGAUGCCAUCUGUUUUGAUGACUCAAGCAAAACCCAGUCCCACUCUGAUGCUGUUGAAAAACUCAAGCAACUCCAGAUUGAUGAUCCUGAUCGUUCAGGCAGUGCGACGCUACCAGAUGAUGACCCCAUAGCCUGGGUUGAACUAGAUGACCACCCACCUGGUUCAGCACUGUCCCAGCCCAGAGAUGGGUGGCCAAUGAUGCUAAGGAUCCCUGAGAAGAAAAACAUCAUGUCGUCUAGGCACUGGGGACCCAUCUACAUCAAACUAACAGACAGUGGUUACCUGCAGCUGUAUUAUGAGCAGGGUCUAGAAAAACCAUUCCGUGAGUUCAAGCUGGAGAUCUGCCAUGAAAUUUCGGAACCCCGUCUCCAAAACUAUGACGAGAAUGGCAGGAUCCACAGCUUACGAAUAGACCGUGUCAUCUACAAGGAGAAGAAGAAAUACCAGCCCAAACCUGCUGUGGCCCACACAGCAGAGAGGGAACAAGUGAUUAAGCUGGGCACCACCAAUUACGACGACUUCCUGAGUUUCAUCCGUGCCGUUCAGGACCGGCUCAUGAAUCUGCCGGUGUUGUCAAUGGACUUGAGCACAGUUGGCUUGAACUACCUGGAAGAGGAGAUUACUGUGGAUGUCAAGGAUGAAUUCUCUGGCAUUGUGAGCAAAGGAGACAACCAGAUUCUCGAGCACCAUGUCUUGACGCGGAUCCACAUUCUGAGUUUCCUCUCUGGGCUGGCAGAGUGCCGCCUGGGUCUCAACGAUGUCCUUAUCAAAGGGAACGAGAUAGUUUCCCGGCAAGACAUCAUGCCCACCACCACCACCAAGUGGAUCAAGCUCCAUCAGUGCCGUUUUCAUGGGUGUGUGGAUGAGGACGUAUUCAGCAGCUCACGGGUUAUUCUGUUCAACCCUUUGGAUGCCUGCCGCUUUGAGCUCAUGCGGUUCAGGACAGUAUUUGCAGAGAAGACCUUGCCUUUCACACUCAGGACGGCAGCAAGCAUCAAUGGGGCGGAGGUGGAGGUGCAGAGCUGGCUCAGGAUGUCAGCCGGCUUCUCCUCUAACCGAGACCCUCUCACUCAGGUUCCCUGUGAGAAUGUGAUGGUUCGAUACCCUGUGCCCAGUGAGUGGGUGAAAAACUUCCGCAGGGAAAGUGUCCUGGGGGAAAAGUCUUUAAAAGCCAAAGUGAACCGGGGGGCAAGUUUUGGCUCAGCCAGUAUGUCUGGCUCUGAGCCUGUCAUGAGAGUAACUCUGGGAACUGCCAAGUAUGAACAUGCCUUCAACUCCAUUGUGUGGAGGAUAAACCGACUGCCUGACAAAAACUCAGCUUCUGGUCACCCUCACUGUUUCUUCUGCCACCUUGAACUUGGCUCUGACCGGGAAGUGCCUUCCAGAUUUGCCAGUCACGUGAAUGUGGAGUUCAGCAUGCCCACAACUUCUGCCUCCAAAGCCGCUGUAAGAUCCAUCUCCGUGGAAGACAAGACUGACGUCAGGAAGUGGGUCAAUUAUUCCGCACACUACAGCUACAAGGUGGAAAUUGAGCAGAAAAAGAGUUUGAAGCCAGAUUUUGAAGGAGAUGAAAUGGAAAAUCCCAAGGAGUGUGGGGUCCAGUGAUGAAGCCCUUUUGCAGGGGGGCCUGACCCAAGCAUCAUGACAGGAUGUCUUCCUGAGCAGCUGGAGUUCAAGGCAGUACCUGCCAUGGCUACUCCUUACUGGAACAGUAUGUUGGACUUUUCCUGUUUGUGGUUACCUGUAAUCUCACAGGAAACCUUGAGGUGACUGCUUUGGAGAGACUCUGAUAUGCCUGAAGCAGGUGGUUUCCCUGACUUCUGGAGCUUGUUGUCUAAUUAAGCCUCCUUCUCUUUGCUCUGUUGAUCUCGUAGCUCUUGAGUGUGGCUUGUUGUGACUACUGGAGUUAGGAAGAGAACCUUCCACAUCAGUGUUGGCAGGAUUUCCUUCUGGUGUUCAUCUGUCACUUCCAUGAUUUUCUAGAAAACACAGUCUUGAGAAUCCCCCUCUGUCAUGCCCUCUAGAAAAGGUUCAGAAGAGGUACAAAACAUAUUUCCUUUUUGGGUCUACUAGGCCUUUGGUACAUGUCUCUAUUCUUGCAAUGUUAAUGCUAUGCAACAGAAGUUUUCGAGACAUUUCCCUCCUGGUUUGGGAUCGUUUUGAUGAAAACACUUUUUCCAUCUCUCUAGUCCCAGGGUUCACCACCCUGAGUCACAGUAGACAAUGGAAAAAGGCACAACAGGAUACUUUUUUAUUCUGUGAUUAGCCCCAUAUUCGGCAAAGGGUGGCUAUGAAAGGGAAAGCAAAAUUGAGCUUAGUUUUCUUCAUUCUGGGGGAAAAGAGACAUUAAUUAUAAGGUUAUAUUCAAUUCAGGAGACAUUUUCAAUCUCAAUGAAUUCC